AUGUUUCCUCUCACGCUCCUCGGCCUGCUGUUCAUCACCGCACAAACAGACGACAAGAAAAAGAAGGGGAAAAACCAGACGACAACCAAAGAGGAAGCUCCAUCGAAGUAUGACUCCAUGUUCCAGAGAGGGGACCUGCUGGAGGUACCCCGGACGUUGUUCACUCAUUUUGGGAUCUACCUGGGCGGCGGCAGGGUGGCUCACCUGAUACCUGACAUACUACCUGCCUUGUCAGAUGAUGAGGAGGCUAUCAGAGAGAUGGUCACCAAUAACAGACUGAUACUGGGGGUCAUCGCUAAGUGUGCCAGUGUGAGGGUGGACACUGUGGAAGACUUUGCCUACGGCUCAGAGAUUAUUGUGAACCCCAUGGAUAAGGUGUGCAGUCGCCCCCCACUGAAAGGAGAGGAAGUGGCUGACAGGGCAGAGAAGCUCCAGGGCUCCACAGCCUACAGCCUCCUGUGGUAUAAUUGUGAACACUACGUCAUGUACUGUCGAUACGGCACCUGCAUGAGCUUCCAAACCUUCCAGUUCUGUAAGACAGUGAAGAAGUUCAUUCUGAGCCAGAGGAGUGCCAAGGUGACAGCGGUGUUAGGCCCAGUAGUAGUGCUCUAUCUGGGGGUAGUGUCUCUCUACUCAGCCCUGGUCAUUGUCCUGGUUCCCUUCAUUAUCUGGAUGGCCUCCUAGACUCUUGGAGGGAAGGAAGGAAGGAGGAAAGGAAGGAAGGAAUGAAGGAAGGAGGAAAGGAAGGAAGGAACGAAGGAAGAAGGUUUGAAGUAACGACUGAAAAAUACACAUUGUUUUACAAAAAUUCUUUGCAGUCCGUUAAAGAAAAUGGAGUUGAACUGGACACUGUACAAAGAAGCAGUGAGUAGGGGAAUGUAGCCUACAGGAUGACCAGACAGACAUAGGGUUUCUUCAAUAACUAUUAAUAAUAAUUUGCAACUGCUUCAUAAGGCCUAGUAAUGAUGCCAAUACAUGU